UGUUAACAACUCAACCUAAAACUACAUGAGGAAAAUAUAAGUUGAAUUAUUCAUCAAAAUAUUUUAGAAUGUUUCCUUUGAAUAUUUUGAGGAAUCCUGUUUUCAAAACUGUCUGGUCAAGGAGUAUAAUCAUUUCACCAACUUUUCAAAGAGAAAUUAAAGACAAUACUAUACUCGAGUACCGAGAUAUUACAAAAGAUAGAACACAAGUCAUUCCAGUUGAAACUAGCAUUAAAUAUUUGGCGAGCCCUGCUUAUCAACAAACUUACGGGUCGGAUCCUGUUUGGAAGCUUUAUAGACGAAAUCAUAAAGGAAGUAUACCUCCUAGAAAAACUAGGAAGACCUGUAUUAGAGCUGGGAUCAUAGCUACUGGAAAUCCUUGUCCUAUUUGUAGAGAUGAGUACUUAGUUUUGAAUGAAAACAACGUUGAUCUAUUGAAACAGUUUGUUUGUCCCCACACAGGGGAAAUAUUGAGCUAUAGUAAAACUGGUUUAUGUCAACAGAAACAUUUGCAGUUACUCGUAGCAGUAAAAAGAGCAUAUAAUUUCGGCCUUUUAACUUUUGAUGUUCCAUUUAGGUUCUAUGAUUAUUCUGAUUAUAUUGAAAGUGCUGAACAGUAAACAUGGAAGCAACUUUCGUUGUAAUAGGAGGGGGUAUUGCAGGAGUUAGUUGUGCUGAGACUCUAUCAAUUUUGAAUUCUAAUAAUUCAAUUAUUUUAGUUAGUGAAUCUGCACUAAUAAAAACUGCUAUAAAUGCUUUUGCAAUAACAAGAACUCUUACCAGUUUUGAAGUUAAAGAAGAUAAUUUUAGUAACUUCAGUAACAAAUAUCCCAAUGUUAAGGUAUUACAUGAUACUUUAGAGAAAAUUAAUGAUCAUUCUCACACAAUCGAAACUAAAUCCAAAUUAGUAAUAAAAUAUCAAUAUUUGUGCUUAUGCACUGGUGCAUCUCCAAGACUAAUUCCUCAAGCUGAUGAUUAUCCAGAAAUUCUAGGUAUCAGAGAUACUGAUUCCGUAGAAAUACUCGUCUCAAAAUUGGCUAAAUCUAAAAAGAUUGCAAUAGUGGGAAAUGGGGGAAUUGCAACAGAAUUAAUCUACCAAGUUAAAAAUAUUGAAGCACAUUGGAUAAUAAAAGACAAACAUAUUUCAGCAACAUUUGUUGACCCAGGAGCAGCAGAAUUUUUCAAUGAAGAGAUGUCUACGGGUAAAGAAAAUGAACAAACUGUUAGUAAGAGAAUAAGAUACAGUGAAGAAAAUGUGGCAACAAGGGGAGCAGCGUUAGGCCCUGAUUGGUACAAAAAUUUGACAAUUUCAGGAUCAAAACUAGGAAGUGGCGGAAUUAAUAUACAUUAUGAAGUUGAAGUAAAAGAAAUUCAUAAAAAUGAAGAUGGAUGUCUUGAAUUACUUCUAACCAACAAUGAAAAAGUUACUUGUGAUCUUGUUGUGUCAGCCACUGGAGUAUAUCCAAAUUUGAGAUUCACUUACGAUACAAAAUUUGACUUAUCCAAUGAUGGUUUCAUAAAUGUUAACGAGUUCAUGAUGACUUCUGUGAAAGACAUUUAUGCAGCAGGAGAUGUAUGCAAUGCAAAUUGGCAACCAGCCGAACAUUGGUUCCAGAUGAAAUUGUGGACUCAAGCUAGACAAAUGGGUUGUUAUGCAGCUAAAUCCAUGUAUGGUGCCUACACACAUGAAGAAGUGCUUCAAGAUUUUUGUUUUGAAAUGUUUUCCCAUUCCACAAAACUUUUUGGAUAUAAGGUAAUUCUAUUGGGUUUAUUCAAUGGUCAGAAGUUAGGCACAAAUUAUGAAUUACUAUUAAGAAUGACUAAAAAGCAGGAGUUUGUCAAGUUUGUUCUUGUGAAUAAUAAACUUCAAGGUGCAUUAUUGAUUGGAGAUACAGAUUUAGAAGAAAUGUGUGAAAAUUUGAUAUUGAAUCAAUUAGAUCUGUCCCCUUAUGGUGACGAUAUACUCAAUCCAGAUAUAGAUAUUGAAGAUUACUUUGAUUAAUAAACAUUGUUCUUGAUUA